GAAACCCCAUCGGAGCAACAGAGAGACGCACUCAACUAGAGGUUUCAGAGACAGACUGCUGCAGACGCACUAAGAGCUGUAAAUGUCGCUCCGGGAUCUUCCAGUCAAAGGUUUAACUUAAACUUUGUUUUUAAUGCGGAACACACGUCUUUGCUUCUGAACAGAGAGAGAGAGAGAGAGUCACCUGGUUUUUAUCAGUAACCUACUGUCGAUUUAUAACUGAUGUAGAGUACAAACUCAGACUGACUUUGUUGUCAUUUUCAUAAUUCUGGUGCAGAGUUUAGACACCUUUUUGAGUUCAGGUUUGUGGUUCUCAGAAACAAAAGGACAUCCAUGAUGUUUAUCUGAGGCGAUAAAAGUGACUUUAGAGGAAGACAUCGAUUCGUUUUAUUUGAUUUCGGAGUGUUUUUUUCCUCUGGUGAAAGAGGUUAAAGCACCACCUUGCGAAACGGUCUAAUCCCGCCGCUGUCGGUUAAUCCAGUUCAUCCCAGUUUUGUCACCGGCACCGGCAUCAUGCUGUCCUCCGUGCGCCGGCACAGCCUCCGCCUGCAGAACGAGCUCCACCGGUGGAGCAUCUGCGACCCGGGCAGCCACCUGCUUACGGACAGCUUCCUGGCCCGGGUCCCCGCCUGCAUCUCCCGCUCCAAGUCCUGCACCAGCUCCGCCGGGGAGUCCGAUGGCAGCCGCGGAAGCUGGUCCUCCUCGGACUCGGUCAUCUCCACCGACUCCGCCGGGGAACAGGCAGAGCCCGGGAACCCGUACCGGGUGGUGCUGUUAGGGGCCAGCGGAGUCGGUAAAACCGCAUUCGCCAGCAUCUUCGCCGGGGCAGCAGACAGCAUGGACAGUGAUGACUGCGAGCUGUGUGGAGAUGAAAUGUGUGAAAAGAUGAUUGAAGUGGAUGGAGAGCCUGCAACCAUAACUCUGCUGGACACAUGGGAUGCAGAGACUGACAGUGAAUGGGCUCAGGAGAACUACAUGCAGACAGGUGAUGCCUACCUGUUGCUGUACUCUAUAACUGACCGGGCCUCGUUCCUGCGAGCGUCUGAGCUCCGGAUAACCCUGCGCCGCUUCCGUCCUGCUCAGCACACACCAAUCAUCCUGGUGGGGAACAAGUGUGACCUGGUGCGACGCAGAGAGGUGUCAGUGAGUGAGGGCCGUGCCUGUGCUGCUGUGUUCGACUGCAAGUUCAUCGAAACCUCAGCCGCCAUGCAGCACAACGUUUGGGAGGCCUUCCAUGGCAUAGUGCGACAGCUGCGCCUACGCAGAGACUCCAAGGAAGCCAACAAACGUCGCAGGCACAUAAACUGUAACAGGCGCCGCGAGAGUCUCCCCAUGAAGGCCAAACGUUUCCUCGACAAGGUGGUGGCGAAGAACAACCCCAGCGUGGCAUUCUGGCUAAAAUCAAAGUCCUGCCAUGAUCUGUCUGUGCUGUAGGGACACUCGUUUUAACUCUAUGCUAAACCCCUGAGCAGGCGAACAGCCAGGAGGGCAGAGUUAGUGGACGUGGGUUGGAGGGACGCCUGUUUCUAAAGGGCAAAAAGUUGGGUGGUUUAAACCCAGUCCUCACUGCGUUCACAUCCACCCUCGGCACAGCCAGGACGAUGGCGUGCGUGAGAGGUGUUUAACACUUUUGUACACUGCCGCUCACAUGUUGCAGUCUAAACAUAGGCAGGGUGGACUGAGCCCAGUUCAUCAGCAUUUGUAAUGGACUAGACAAUCAGCUAAUGAGGUGACAUUUCCUGUUAAGACAACGUGUCAUGUCUCUGUGGUAGAAAUGCUGGAGGUUUGAGAUGAGCUGAUGGGGUGGUUGAGAUGUUUGUUCAUUUCUGUGUUUUGAACAAAGACGUUAAUAUUAGCCUUUUCUCUCCUCUUGACUCUUUCCUCAUCUUUUUGCUCUCAUCCCUGCCAGAUUUCUCGACUGUCAAUCCCUAAGUGCUAAGAUUACCAGUUGUAAGCUACCGACGAUUACGUGUCUCGAAUUUUUUGGUAUGACGGUCACAGAGUAGUUACUUAAACAUUAUUUAUAACGUGUUGUAUUUUGCACUUACUGUAAAUAAAGACCAGAUUGAUCAUG